AUGCGAAUCUAUGUCUCGCAGCCGUCAGCUAGUCCGGCCAAGGAUAAUAACUACAGGAUGAACCGCUACAAGAACAAAGCGUUGAACCCUGAAGAGAUGAGGCGCAGGAGAGAAGAGGAAGGCAUCCAGCUUAGGAAACAAAAACGGGAACAACAGCUUUGCAAACGGAGGAAUGUGGAUGUCCUCACUGAGGAGGAAGCAAUGUUGGAGAGCCCUCUAGUGGACUCGCAGCUCAGUUUACCAGUCACGGAAGGAGUCAUCACUAGAGAUAUGGUGGAGAUGCUUUUCUCAGAGGACCCUGAGCUUCAACUGGCCACAACGCAAAAGUUCAGGAAACUCCUCUCUAAAGAGCCUAACCCACCAAUUGAUGAGGUCAUAAACACAAGCGGAGUCGUCGAGAGAUUUGUGCAAUUCCUCAAGAUGAGCAGCAACUGCACUCUACAGUUCGAAGCCGCUUGGGCGCUGACCAACAUUGCAUCAGGCACGUCCAUGCAGACCAAGACGGUCAUAGAAGCCGGCGCUGUGCCUAUCUUCAUAGAGCUCCUAAAUUCAGACUUUGAGGAUGUGCAGGAGCAGGCUGUGUGGGCUUUGGGGAAUAUUGCAGGAGACAGUGCCUUGUGCAGGGACUAUGUGUUGAACUGCAACAUCCUUCCACCUGUGUUAAUGCUUCUGACUAAAUCCACUAGACUUACAAUGACCAGGAAUGCUGUGUGGGCCCUGUCUAAUCUCUGCAGGGGAAAAAACCCUCCACCUACCUUUGAAAAGGUGUCUCCCUGUCUCCCGGUGCUGUCCAGACUUCUAUUUAGCAGUGACCCAGACUUGCUGGCAGACGCCUGCUGGGCACUGUCCUACCUCUCUGACGGCCCCAAUGAAAAAAUCCAGGCUGUCAUCGACUCCGGUGUCUGCAGACGACUCAUAGAACUGCUAAUGCACACGGACUACAAGGUGGCCUCCCCUGCCUUGAGAGCUGUAGGAAAUAUUGUGACCGGAGAUGACAUACAGACACAGGUAGUGUUAAACUGCUCCGCCCUGCCUUGUCUCCUGCACCUACUGAGUAGUGCCAAAGAGUCCAUUCGCAAAGAAGCAUGCUGGACCAUCUCUAACAUCACAGCCGGGAACCGAGCACAGAUACAGACCGUUAUCGACGCGAACAUUUUUCCAGUACUGAUUGAAAUUCUACAAAAAGCAGAGUUCAGGACUAGGAAGGAGGCCGCCUGGGCGAUCUCCAAUGCCACUUCUGGAGGGACUCCUGAACAGAUCAGGUAUCUGGUGAACCUGGGCUGCAUCAAACCGCUGUGUGACCUGCUCACAGUGAUGGACUCAAAGAUCGUCCAGGUAGCCCUCAACGGCCUCGAGAAUAUCCUGAGGCUGGGCGAGCAGGAAGCCAAGCAGGAAAAUCACGCCACGGGCAUCAAUCCGUACUGCAGCCUCAUCGAAGAAGCUUACGGUCUGGACAAGAUUGAGUUCCUGCAGAGUCACGAGAACCAGGAAAUCUAUCAGAAGGCCUUUGACCUGAUCGAGCAUUAUUUCGGAGUAGAGGAAGAAGACAGCAGCCUGGUGCCCCAGGUAGAUCAAGAAAACCAGCAGUUCCUCUUCCCACAGCAGGAGGCACCCAUGGAGGGCUUCCAACUAUGA